AUGCAGCCCAUUGGAAGGAGGGACAGCGACCGCGCGAGCCCAACAGAGCGAACCCUAAGGAGUCCCGAUCGAGGUGAGCGGCGCAUCGAUCCGGAAUUAGAGUGUGGCGGCCGGUUCCAUCCAUCGAAGACCGCCGGCUGCGUCCGUCCACCUCAAGAGUUCAGGAAUGGGAUCGAGUCCAUCCGGUCGAUCCCAGCGACCGGAGGAGCGGGAACCAGUCCAUCCGCUCGAUCCCACCGACCAUCUGCUCCAUCCCAGCGACCAGCGGAGCAGGAUCCGGUUCGAGCCGAUCCAAUACAGCGCGUGGCAGAGAGGGAGAGACACCUCCUCUACUGGUACUAUAUAAUGCCUCCCUCCCUGGCUCUCUAUGCACAUCUUACUCCAGCAGCAACAUCUUCUUCGGCGACAUGCUCAGAUUCUGCAGCUUCCUAUUGUCCAUUUUUGUCCUCAGUCAUUCAUCAUCUCAAAUGGCUUUUGGACAGAACCUCCGCAAUCCGCAUCGCCGACGAGGAGGACGACGAUGUUGACAACCAGAUCAUGGACUUUGCAGUUGCCGACUGCGUGGCCCGCACGCCUUCCAUCGAGGCCGGGGAGGCAUUGGGUAGUAAGGGCCAAGGAUAAGCGUUGCACAGCGGCGGACGACGUCGCCCAGGCGCCAGGCCAACACAUCUCCAGGAUGGGCCUUAAGGUCGUGCCAAUGAUAGCACCCUUCUCCAAUCUCUGUGCAGUCAACAUCUCCGGCAACUUCAUGGGUGGUGUAUGAAAUUGCUAAUGAAGGGCCACGACCUGAAACUCCCGAAGGGACUCUUUGCAACUUAAUUGCGGGUGAUGUUACUUUCUGAUGUGAUGUUCUGUUUUCCAGGUUUCGGGUGGAAUAAGUGUAGACUCACGUCAGCUUAUUCUGAUCUUUAGUUUCAGUUUAGGGACAAUUAUUUUGUUUAUUACUUAUUGCUUGGCAAAGCCCCAUGAUCGGCCAAGCCUUCAGUAGAUCCUUGCUUGCUCCAUUGCGGAUACGCUGUAUAUGUAUGAUAUUUCCACCAGAUAGUCAAGGAUAUGUGCAAGUCAGCAAAGUGGCAGUUCAGUCACCCUCCUGAUCUGUUUUUAUUUACUCAAUUUCGUGGAACAAUUGAUAAGAUAUAACCUCUUGGGCUAACAGCUGAAGUGUUUUGACAAA